UGUGUCUCUCUCCGUCGUGUUGGGUAACGUGUGUCUGAGCGGUGAAUGACAGACGACUCUACGAAGAUUCCUCCUCCAGGUGAGCUUCCUGCUGACUCGGCCUCAGGUGCGGACCGUCUGCAGGUCCUGCUGACUCGGCCUCAGGUGCGGACCGUCUGCAGGUCCUGCUGACUCGGCCUCAGGUGCGGACCGUCUGCAAGUUCCCGCCAUGCUGCUCCCCGUCCUGCUGCGUCCGUCCCUCUGCCGCCCUCGGGCCUCCGUGUUUCUGACCCGGUGUGUCCGGACGCUCCGCUGCGACGCCCCGAUGCUGCCGCCGCUCUCUCGGGCCGAGCACUUCCUGCUCCGGCGGCUCCCGGCGCACCUCCACGCGCAGAGCCGAGGCAUCAAGAGCCGAGGCAGGAAGUCCAAGAGCCAGGAGGAGGAGUGGAAGAGCCGGAACAAGACGGGGCUGACGUACAUCGCCGCCGCCGGCGUCGGCAUGAUCGGCCUGUCGUACGCCGCGGUGCCGCUCUACCGGCUCUACUGCCAGGCGUCGGGGCUCGGCGGCACGGCGGUGGCUGGACACGACGCGGAGCAGGUGGAGACGAUGACGCCGGUGAAGGAACGCGUCCUCAAGAUCUCCUUCAACGCAGACACGCAUGCCAGCAUGCAGUGGAACUUCAGACCGCAGCAGAGCGAGAUCUUCGUGGUUCCGGGUGAGACGGCGUUGGCGUUCUACAGAGCGAAGAACCCCACGAACACGCCAAUCAUAGGGAUCUCCACCUACAACGUGGUGCCCUUCGACGCGGGACAGUACUUCAACAAGAUCCAGUGUUUCUGCUUCGAGGAGCAGCGUCUGAACCCCCACGAGGAGGUGGACAUGCCCGUGUUCUUCUACAUCGACCCGGAGUUCGCCGAGGACCCCCGGAUGGCCCGCGUGGACACCAUCACGCUGUCCUACACCUUCUUCGAGGCCAAGGAGGGUCAGAAGCUCCCUCUGCCCGGGUACAGCUACAACUGAGGACCGCCGGACCGGGAGCCUGAUCCUGGUUCAAGUCUCAGUCCAAGUCGGAAAGAAAAUAAUCAUCCAAGACUUUCUUGUGCUUUUAAUCUGGAAAAGCCCUGAAAAAGACUUUUACACUGAAAAUCCAAACAGGAAAUAGAGUUCUCAGUGCUGCUGUGACAUGAGAGCAGUUAUAAGUAUCUUAGUAUUAUUCAUAUUAAUAUAAUAGAUAUUUGUAUAUUUAACGAGUGAUGUGUUUUGAAGCGAUCAACAUCAUUUAAACAUCAUAACUGGGAUGAUGUAAUGUCUGUGGAGAUGGAACAACAUUAAAACAUCUUCUGUGAUGUUUUAUUAAACGCGAUUUUAAAGUUUGAUGAGUUUUUCACUCGCAGACGUUUGUUUGAGGAACAGAAAGUGAACGACGUGGAGCCUGUUUGUGAGAGACUGUGUAUCAUAAUACAUGUAUUCAUUAUAUACAUCAGAUCAUUAUUACUAAUAAAGAAUCAAUAAAGACAGAAUCUGACCUGCUGAGCUUCAAUCAUCUGACUUUAAAACCAGUUUAACAACAAACCAGAAA